UGGAAUAAACUGAGGAUGAAAUAAAAGUUGUGGGUGAGGUCUCCAUAUCAAAAACUCUCAUUCUAAUUGGCCAACCAAAGAUCAUCUUAUCCACUUUCCAAAUUCCCAUCAUCCACACAAAAAACACAAAAUCCCCAAAUCCAAUUCUUCUUAUUAUUCUUCCUCAAUCCUCCAUUCCCAAUCCACCAUUUCCAAUCCUCUUCCUCUGCUCCAAAUCCCAUGGCCAUGGCCACUCAAGCCACCCUCUUCACCCCAUCUCUCUCCACUCCCAAAUCCUCCGCCAUUUCCAUUCCAUGGAAGCAAUCCCCAACUCUCUCCUUCCUCACCUCCAAGCCCCACCUCAAGACCGCCUCCUCUUCCCGCUCUCUCAAGGUCUCCGCCGAAGCCGAGGCUGCUGUCGAGGCUCCGGCCGGAUUCACCCCACCCGAGCUCGACCCCAGCACCCCGUCCCCAAUCUUCGCGGGCAGCACCGGGGGACUCCUCCGGAAGGCUCAAGUGGAGGAAUUCUAUGUCAUAACAUGGGAAUCCCCUAAAGAGCAAAUCUUUGAGAUGCCCACCGGUGGCGCGGCGAUCAUGCGAGAAGGGCCGAAUCUGCUGAAAUUGGCAAGGAAAGAGCAGUGUUUGGCUUUGGGGACAAGGUUGAGAUCAAAGUAUAAGAUUAAGUAUCAAUUUUAUAGGGUUUUUCCUAAUGGGGAAGUUCAGUAUUUGCAUCCUAAAGAUGGGGUUUAUCCAGAGAAGGUGAAUCCAGGAAGGGAAGGAGUUGGUCAGAACUUCAGGUCUAUUGGAAAGAAUGUUAGCCCUAUUGAGGUUAAGUUCACUGGAAAACAAGUGUAUGAUUUGUAAGAAAUUUAAUCUCUUAUGUUCUUAUAUGCUCUUUUUUUUAUGAUGUCAAUUAUGAAUCAUACUCUCUUAUAUUAAUUCUUAUAAGUGUCUAUGCUCUUGAUCUUC